AUGGCAUCUGUCUUGCGCUUUCGCACAGUCUGGGGUAUCGCCCCUGGUCCCAACUACGAGCACUGGGCGCAAUGGUUCCCAACCCUCAAAGCCCAAGGAUAUGACUUUACAGAUCUGGAGGACCUUCCGGCCAUUCGUCGUAUUGCCGACGAUGCUGGUCUGGAAAUCAGUGUCCUAAUUCAUGCACAAUGGCCUAGCUACGCAGGUCCCAGCCCUGCAGGCCCCUCCCCCAAGGACCUUCUGGCCGACUACCAAACCAAGUUGAAAAUCGCCCAAACUCUGAAGCCGUACAAAAUCAAUGCCCACUCCGGAUGUGAGCGAUGGACUGUAGACGAGGCAGUCCAAUUCUACAGCGGCACUCUCGACGUCGAUGCCGAGCUCGGACUGACCGGCAAAGUGUGCCAUGAGACGCACCGAAACACAGCCUUCUUCAGUCCCGACUCGACAGCGCCUGUCCUUGAAAGAGUGCCGAAGUUGCGCGUCACUGCCGAUUUCUCUCACUUCGUGGUGGUCUGCGAGCGUCUGUUGGAUAUUUACGAGGAAGACAAGGCCGCGAUCCGCACAAUCAUCCCGCAUGUAGGACACAUUCACGCGAGAAUGGGGACAACACAGUCAUCUCAAUGCCCAGAGCCAACGCAUGAAGCUUUCAAAGAAGAGAGAAGAUACUUUGAGAGUGUCUGGAAACAAAUUAUUGAUGUUACGGCCACAGCCUCGGAGCCGAUUACCUUUGUCCCGGAAUACGGGCCCUUCCCCUACCACCCGUUCAAUGCUCAAACGACUUUCUCGGAUGUUGCAGAUAGCGAAGGUGCUCGCCUUCAUCCGAUUUUUGAAAGUCAUGCGAAGGCGGCCCUUGCAUCGCGCAAUUAA